AUGCAGGCUAUAGGAAAGGCUAUAGGAAAGUUAUUCGAGGGGCGAUUCCAACCCCGAAUAUCGAAAAAGUAUAGGCAGCGUCGUUUGAGACAAGAUACUUGCCCUGGGGAGCUGCCCUUGAGAACAGAGACCUUUCCUGUGCAGCUCCCUCCUAGACCAGCGACUUCUCAUAUGCAGCUCCCUUUGAGACUGGCAGUCCAAUUUGGGCAUCUUUUUAUGAUCGCCACAUUCCUCUCUCUAACCAUCCCACGACUUAUCAUACCAGGCGGUCCGCAUUACCUCUACACCGCUAUCGGUGUUUUCAUAUCUGCCGAGUCUCUUGGUCUUCUUGCCCAUGAGCUUCUGACUGAGAACGUCCGAGCCCUGCAAUCACGCGGUAGCGAGAGGGUCUAUAUGCUCUUGAAUAUCCGGGGACUUCUUAUGUGGUCUGCUGCUGCUAUCGUGACAUUUCAGGGAGACAUGAACCUUCCAGAUGGUCCGAACAUCGUCCUUGGGAAGCUUGCUCUUGCCACAGCUGUCAUCAUCUGUGUUUCAACCAUCUGCCUCACUGUAUGCUACUUCCAAGGUGGCACAGUGCCAAAGCAGCCCGAGAUUCCUCUUGGUUCCACGCCAAACGAAAUCGAGCUUCAAGCAUCGAGUGCGUCUGCCCCGGAACCCUCGGUUCACUUGGGUGUUCCAGAUCAACCGGCAGGGUUGUGCGAUCCAUUCACUUCACCGAAAGCUGAAAGCUGCGAUAUCGCAAGUCACUGGAGUCGCUGGAGUGACACGACCAGACACGGGGACAGGGAACACAACGACGACGAGAAUUUGAGGGAGUAUCAGCUUGACGCACAAUCAUCGAAGGUGUAA